GCUGAAGGACGAGGUCAAAGCAGGGAGACCUGUCGUAAAUUCAUUGGUUGGAGGGUUAAAGAAGGACACCGUUUCAUUCGAGUCAGUUAGAUCUGCGCAGCCUUGAGUCAUAGCCAAUCUGCUCCGCCGGGAUCCCCCACACCAACUCACUCACCAACUCACUCAUCUCUUUCUAACCGUUUCUGUGAUGUUUCUCGAGUGUCAGUAAUAUGUUCAAGCUAUCGCGCUUCGCUAUGCAUGAGUGGAAGUCCGACAUAAAAUGCCAACCCAUUACUGCUGAUCAUGGAGUUGCGAUUACGCAUGGAGCUGAUGCGCGUGCCUGCAGCACUUCCCGUGAUCGUGCCCACACCAUAGCAUCUGAGGACACCAACAAACUGUGCGACGCAGUUUCCCUCUCUCUCGGACUCAAUUCGGAGUCGGAUAACUACGACAUGGAUCAGCCCUCGACUAGCCAUGCUUUCACCGAGAACGUCCAAGAAGAGGACAGAUGCGUCCGUGCGUCCGAAACUGGAGAAAGUGCGCCAUCAUCACAUUUCCGAUCUCAGAAAGAGGGUAGAAGGUCAGUAGUGACACACUCGUCUGACUUGUUUGAGACUUUGCAAAGGAACAGAGACACCACUCAUUUUGGCAUGGCGACUUUGCAGUUGACAACCUCUGAUAUGAUAUCGAACAGACAGUCUUAUAGAGCCCUAGGACCACCUCAGAAGCGUCGCUUGAGUGUGCAUGGGCGAAGUAUGGAAGAAGCAGAUGCCACACCGUCUACUUUUGAUGAGUUAUUGAGCGCAAACACUAGACUGCACAGUGCCGGGGAAGAUACUAGUGAUGAAUGGUCCAGGAAUCCCUUUACUCAGAACGCAGGGAUGGUUAAAACCGAACUGGAAUACUCUGGCCAGCCUGGGACAAGUGUUCGCAAAAACUGGGACGGUGCAGGCAAGACAGCAAACCAGCCCUCAAGACACUGCAAUGUUCCCUCUAUGAACUACUCUCCCUAUGAUAUAUUCUUACGCAACUGCAAUGAUUACACAUUGCGCACCGCUCCACUGACUUUUAAUGGAUAUUUCCCCGAGUCAUAUUAUUCUGGAGGGAUGUAUGGGAGGAUACCGGCCACCGCCUCUCUACCCCGGCCAUGCGAGUGGGCGACCGGGCAGAAUGGCCUCGGCCUAGGCUUCAGGUUGGAGGAUGUGUUACCCAUGAGUCUUCUCCUGGCAACCCCAAGGACCUGCCAGAUUUGUGGGGACGUGGCGUCUGGAUGUCACUAUGGUGCUCUCACUUGUGGCAGCUGCAAAGUGUUUUUCAAGCGUGCGGCUGAGGGGAAACAGAACUUCCUGUGUGCCAGCAGGAACGACUGCACCAUAGACAAGCUCAGGAGGAAGAACUGCCCUUCAUGUCGCCUCAGAAGAUGCUUUGAGUCAGGGAUGACUCUCCGAUCCCGAAAGCUGAAGGUGAUGGACUCCCAGAAACCCUCAGUUACAGAGAGGAGUGACCCAUCCAGGCCCUCGGUGGAGACCGUCUCCGCUAGCAGGACCAUGAACUCCCACGUCCUCCAGACACUGCAGGGCAUCCUGGAGCACAUCGAGCCCGUGGUGGUGAACGCAGGCCACGACCCGGCCCAGCCCGACAGCGCCACCACCCUCCUCACCAGCCUCAACCAGCUGGGGGAGCGGCAGCUGGUCUCUGUGGUCAAGUGGGCCAAAGGGGUGCCAGGGUUUCGUAAUCUGCACAUGGACGACCAGAUGAUGGCCAUUCAGUACUCGUGGAUGGUGAUCAUGGUGUUUGGGCUGGGAUGGCGGUCCUUCACGGAGGCCAAUGCCACACAGCUCUUCUUUGCCCCUGACCUCAUUUUUAACGAGCAGAGGAUGCAUGUGUCGGGGAUGUAUGAGGACUGCGUGCGUCUGAGGCGGCUCUCUCAGAGGUUCAGUGGCCUGCGGUUGAGCCGGGAGGAGUUCCUCUGCAUGAAGGCCCUGCUGCUCUUCAGCUUCAUUCCAGCGGAGGGGCUGAAGAGCCAGAGUUGUUUUGACGAUCUGCGGACCACCUACAUCAAUGAGCUGGAUCGCCUGGUGACCGACCGUGACCACAGCAGCCGCUCCGAGCGCCUGUUCCAGCUCACGCAGCUCCUGGACUACCUGCAGCUGAUUGUGCAGAAGCUCCAUCAGUUCACAUAUGACCUCUAUAUGCAGACACUCACCCUCCAGAACAAGGUGAACUUCCCGGAGAUGAUUUCCGAGAUAAUUUCCGUGCAUGUUCCCAAGAUUCUGAGAGGCCUGGUCAAGCCGAUCCUGUUCCAUAAAUAACCGUUUCAAUUUCCAGCCUCCAUCAUUUCAAGUGGGUCUAUUAAGCUGUAGCUCUAGUCAUUUUCUUCAUAACUGUCCAUACAAAUGCCAUAUUUUCAUAACCCUCUUGUCGUUGUAGUCUUCAGUAGUUUGGGCUUUAAUAUGUCUUGGGUUCAUAAUAGUACAUAACUGUAUGUAGUGUUAUCCCCAUGAAAAAGUAACAUAGCUUAAUCAAAACAUAAACUUGCCUUUACUAUUUGUAUUGUGCUUGUGAGAAACACUGUUAUAUGUCAUCUUUAAAGCCUUGUAUUGGACGAGGCAGUGCUGUAUAUAAUGCCAUUGAUACCUGAAAUAUUUUCAGCUUAAACAGGAAAUUCAAUUAACCAAAUGUGUCAACCAAGUAACUGAAUUCAGGUCCAAGUUUGAACUGCAAUUGUACGUUCAAAACAUAUAUAGCCAUGACAAAAUAAACAUGGUGUACAUAUGAAUACAUAUAUCAGGGACGGAAUUGUUUUGUACACAUCUGUAUCACCAACUCGUGCCAGAGCUUGGCCAUCAGGUGAACAUAUCUUUUUUUAUUCACAUGUAUUUCUUGGGUCAGACUAUUUUCUGUCUUAAACACUGACCAAUAAAAUCUAUACUAUUUUAAUGUCA